GAGUUUAUAUUGGCGCGGCCCAGAGGCCUGCGGCCUCUGCGGCGCGGUCCUGAGACGCGGCUGCGCUCCGUGCUUGUUAUGGCUGAUUACCUGAUCAGCGGGGGCACGUCCUACGUGCCAGACGACGGACUUACGGCACAGCAGCUCUUCAACUGCGGGGAUGGCCUCACCUACAAUGACUUUCUUAUUCUUCCUGGGUACAUCGACUUCACUGCAGACCAGGUGGACUUAACCUCUGCACUGACCAAGAAGAUCACUUUGAAGACUCCACUGGUUUCCUCCCCCAUGGACACAGUCACUGAGGCUGGGAUGGCCAUAGCAAUGGCGCUUACUGGAGGAAUUGGCUUCAUCCACCACAACUGUACACCUGAAUUCCAAGCCAAUGAAGUUCGGAAAGUGAAGAAAUAUGAGCAGGGAUUCAUCACAGACCCUGUGGUCCUCAGCCCCAGGGAUCGGGUGCGGGAUGUUUUUGAGGCCAAGGCCCGGCAUGGCUUCUGCGGGAUCCCAAUCACGGACACGGGCCGAAUGGGGAGCCGCCUGGUGGGCAUCAUUUCUUCGCGGGACAUUGAUUUUCUCAAGGAGGAGGAGCAUGACCGUUCUUUGGAAGAGAUCAUGACAAAGCGGGAAGACUUGGUGGUGGCCCCUGCAGGUAUCACGUUAAAGGAAGCAAAUGAAAUUCUGCAGCGAAGCAAGAAGGGAAAGCUGCCCAUUGUAAAUGAAGAUGAUGAGCUGGUGGCCAUCAUUGCCCGGACAGACCUGAAAAAGAACAGAGAUUAUCCACUGGCCUCAAAAGAUGCUAAGAAGCAGCUGCUGUGUGGAGCAGCCAUCGGUACACACGAAGAUGACAAGUACCGGUUGGACUUGCUGGCCCAGGCUGGCGUGGAUGUAGUGGUUCUGGACUCUUCCCAGGGAAAUUCCAUCUUCCAGAUCAACAUGAUCAAGUAUAUCAAAGAGAAAUAUUCCAGUCUCCAGGUCAUUGGAGGCAAUGUGGUGACUGCUGCUCAGGCCAAGAACCUUAUCGAUGCAGGCGUGGAUGCCUUGCGGGUGGGCAUGGGCAGUGGCUCCAUCUGUAUCACCCAGGAAGUGCUGGCCUGUGGGCGGCCCCAGGCAACAGCUGUGUAUAAAGUAUCAGAGUACGCACGGCGCUUUGGUGUCCCUGUCAUUGCUGAUGGGGGAAUACAAAACGUGGGCCAUAUUGCCAAAGCCUUGGCCCUUGGUGCCUCCACAGUCAUGAUGGGCUCCCUCCUGGCUGCUACUACUGAGGCCCCUGGUGAAUACUUCUUUUCUGAUGGGAUUCGGCUGAAGAAAUACCGUGGUAUGGGUUCUCUUGAUGCCAUGGACAAGCAUCUCAGCAGCCAGAACCGAUAUUUCAGUGAAGCUGACAAAAUCAAGGUGGCUCAGGGGGUGUCUGGAGCUGUGCAGGACAAAGGAUCCAUUCACAAAUUUGUCCCCUACCUAAUAGCAGGUAUCCAACACUCCUGUCAGGACAUUGGUGCCAAGAGUUUGACCCAAGUCCGAGCUAUGAUGUACUCUGGGGAACUCAAGUUUGAGAAGAGAACAUCCUCAGCUCAGGUAGAAGGCGGUGUCCACAGCCUCCAUUCGUAUGAGAAGCGGCUUUUUUGA